CAGGAUACCUAGAUUCGUGUAAGACCCUGCCCAGGCUGUGAUGCUGGUACCUCAUGUUGGGAGCCGGAGACCGGAUGUUCAGGACUGAGUGGCUUUGAGCUGAGACCCCAACAAGGGCUGACGAGCUGAAUGCUUGGGUUGUGUUAAAUCUGGGAAGCGGAACCAUGACCUCCCUCAUCACAGUGGUUCAACCCCCAGCCACCCCAAAUACUACAUAUACCCCUUUCCUUACGUAUCUCCACCUCCAUCAGGCUGAGCUCCAAAUGGCACAACAAGAAAACCAUCGCUUAAAUUUGGAGCUGCAGGAAGCGAAGGGCCGGCAGGAGGAACAGGGUGCUCAGGCCCAGCGACUGAAGGACAAGGUGGCCCAGAUGAAGGACACCCUAGGCCAGGCCCAGCAGCGUGUGGCUGAGCUGGAGCCCCUGAGGGAGCAGCUUCGAGGAGCCCAGGAGCUUGCAGCCUCAAGCCAGCAGAAAGCCGCCCUUCUCGGGGAGGAGCUUGCCAGCGCAGCGGGAGCCAGGGACCGCACCAUGGCCGAGCUCCACCGCAGCCGUCUGGAAGUGGCUGGAGUCAAUGGCAGGCUGGCUGAGCUCAGCCUGCACUUGAAGGAGGAAAAAAGCCAGUGGAGCAAGGAGCGGGCGGGGUUGCUGCAGAGUGUGGAGGCCGAGAAAGACAAGAUCCUGAAGCUGAGCGCAGAGAUACUUCGACUGGAAAAGGCAGUUCAGGAGGAGAAGACCCAGAACCAAGUGUUCAAGACUGAACUGGCCCGGGAAAAGGAUUCGAGCCUGGUGCAGCUAUCAGAGAGCAAGCGGGAACUGACAGAGCUGCGGUCAGCCCUGCGUGUGCUCCAGAAGGAAAAGGAACAGUUGCAGGAGGAGAAGCAGGAACUGCUGGAGUACAUGAGAAAGCUGGAGGCCCGCCUGGAGAAGGUGGCAGACGAGAAGUGGAGUGAGGGCGCUGCCACAGAGGACGAGGAGGCGGCUGCGGGGCUGAGCUGCCCAGCGGCUCUGACAGACUCAGAGGAUGAGUCCCCGGAAGACAUGAGGCGCCCUCCCUAUGGCCUGUGUGAGCGGGGAGACUCCGGCUCCUCUCCUGCUGGGCCACGAGAGACUUCUACCCUGGUGGUCAUCAGCCAGCCGGCUCCCAUUGCCCCCCAGCUCUCAGGGUGCGCUGAGGACAGCAGCUCUGACUCGGAGGCCGAAGAUGAGAAGUCAGUGCUCAUGGCGGCUGUUCAGAGUGGGGGUGAGGAGGCCAAUCUGCUGCUUCCUGAGCUGGGCAGUGCCUUCUAUGACAUGGCCAGUGGCUUUGCGGUGGGUCCCUUGUCAGAGGCCAACACUGGGGGCCCUGCCACCCCCCCGUGGAAAGAGUGCCCCAUUUGUAAGGAGCGCUUCCCAGCCGAGAGUGAUAAGGAUGCCCUGGAGGACCACAUGGAUGGACACUUCUUUUUCAGCACCCAGGACCCCUUUACCUUUGAGUGAUCUCACCCGCCCCAGGACAUGCCCAGAUACACUUACACACAGACACACACUCAUGCACAGACGUACACUUAGGUCUCAUGCCUUCUCUGCCACCCUGGGCUCCGUGAUAUUCUGUUCCCUAAGAACCGCUCCCUGAACCAUGUUCAUCCCAAGCUCUCACCUUCAUCCUCUCCCGCCUGGCUCUUUUGUCCAGGCAGGGGCUGACUUUACCCGCUAAAAGCGGUUUUGGAGGAACCAGGCUGGAGGAGACCUUCCCCAGGGGGAAUAGGAUCACCCCCUCCUCACCCUGGUUGCUCUGUCACUGACACCACCCACACACACACACACACACGCACGCACUCACACUUACACACACUCUCUGCUGCCCCAAAGCCAGUUCCUGGGGCACCCCACUGCCUCUUAUUCGGGGUCUGUGUUGGUUUACCUGAGUUUUCUCAGGGGCCUGCAUCGAGGCAGCAGCGUGGACACCAUGGCCUCUUCAGGUCUCUUUCAGUUCUGAGCUUCAGUGGUUCCUUCUGUCCCCCCACCCCACCCCAUUGCCUUCUGCACCCUGCCCCAGCCUUUUCCACGCCAUUAGGUAUGAAGUUUGGAGGUUUCUUUUGUAUUUUUGAGGUUUUCUGUACUCUAUCUCCUGCCCUUCCCUGCCCUCCCUCCCCCAGUGUCCUCACAUGGAAAGAAAGAAUGCAUUUGUGCCUUCUGUGAGGGAUGAGGGGAACAGAUGGUCCCAGGUGUCCCCAUUUCUCACCCCUUCCUCCCUCUCCAGGUUCCCCCACAGCAAUAAGAGCUUUCCCUCUUUAUCCCUCCCUCAAUCUGUAGUUUGAACAAAUAUAUUUAUAUGAUAUGUAUAACAAUUCUAAUAAAAUGUGUUCCUACCAUGA